AUGCUGAAGCUGACAUAUUUAUCUUUGCUGCUCCUUGUUAUCCUGGUGUCUCAAGAAUCUGUUGCUAAAUCACAAAAUAAUGGGCGAUCCACUUGCCUGUUGCAGGACCCACAAAAUCAGUGUGGCGACUUCUGCCUUAGCAAGAUCCAUCCGAUGAUUGAGUUGGUUCCCGAAACCAAUUCCAAACUGAAGAAGGUCCUCGGCGAGCAGCAGUCCAUCCAGAUGAAGCUCGUGGCAGUUCAGUCGACGGUGGAGGCCCAAAGGAUCUCAAUGCAGAAUUCCUUGAACGACAUCACCACGAAAGAAGAGUUUGGGGCGAAACUCGGCGACACGAAGGAAAAACUAAUGGCGGUGAUUUUUGAAUUAAAAAACCAACUUCAGUUGCAGAGCACCAAAAUGGAGGACCAGGAUACAGCAAUGCAAACCAAACUGAUUGGGUUAAAUUCCGAGCUCAAAAGUCAGCUGCAAUAUCUUCAGACGAAUCUGGAGUCCCUGCAGAGGACCAUCACAAAGAACUUCGCGGAGCGGUUAAAUGUGACAGAAGAGCAGCUUUUGGUUUCGAAUUCCGAGUUAAAGACCCAACUAAAGGAAAUGGACACAAAUGUAAGAGAUCAGGAUAUAUCCAUGCAAACCAAACUGGAUGCCCAACUUCUGGCGGUUCAGAAAAAACUGGAGGACCAAAAUACAGCUCUUUCCGAAUCCUUUGAGGCGAGAUUAAACGGAACGGAGGUAAAAAUGGAAGCCCAACUAAAGGAGCUUCAAAACAAAACUGAGAACCAACUUGCGGUGCUGGAGAACCAACUAUCGGCCUUGCAGAAAACCCUUCUCGAAACACAUUCCGCUCUCUAUCACAAGUUUUUCUAUCCUAAGUUUGAGCGUUAUGGCUCUCGAUAUUUUUAUUUCGAACAUACAAUUAGAAAACCCUUUGAUGAGGCUGCAGCAGCAUGUCGAGGAAUGGGCGGCUAUUUGGCGGCUUUCAAAACCCAAGAGGAACUCGAAGCCAUAAGUAUAAAGCCAGAAGUUGAGAUUGGUUAUUACUGGACUGGCAUCAAGCUCAAUAUGUAUGAUGAGUUCAUAUCUACGGCCUCCGGAAAGCCUGCAUCCGUUUUUAUGUGGAACUUAGGAGAGCCCGACCAUGACGGUGAAUGCAUUGCUAUGGUUUACGGGGAGAUGAGUGAUUUCGAUUGUCAUCAUUACAAUAAUUUUAUUUGCCAAUCAGACAAUGAAAUAUAA